AUGAGGACAUGUUUACAAUUUGCCUCCAGACAGCUGCAAGAGCCCCCACUGUUUCUUGUGCGCCAACAAGAAAUGCGUCAGAACAAGAAAUCUACUUGUAAAAGACCUAAUGGUUUUGAAUGUCCUGGACAUAAAUGCACACACAUAGAUAAUAAAUGCGAUAGCGUUGAUGACUGUGGUGACAGAUCAGAUGAAACCAACUGUAAAUCUUGUAAAGGUACUGAGAGCUUCCAUUGUUUAAACAAUGUUUGUAUAGCCAACAAGUUAAGAUGUAACACACAUAAUGAUUGUGGCGAUUUAUCGGAUGAAGAAAACUGCGUAUCUUGCGUCGAACCGCUUUCCUUCAAGUGUACCAGCGGUUUUUGCAUCAAUCAAACGAAAGUUUGUAACCACAUAGAUGACUGUGGCGACUUUUCUGAUGAGUUUAAUGAUAAAUGUAAACAUUGCAAGCCUUCCAAAGAGUUCAAGUGCAAUAGCGCAGAGUGUAUCGACAAGAAACUAAGGUGUAACGGUGUUAAAGAUUGCUCUGACUCAUCUGAUGAAAUAAAUUGUACGAACUGUACAGACAGCUUCCAUUGCGACCAGCAUUGUGUUUUAAAUAGGCGCAUAUGUGAUGGUGUUCCUGAUUGUCAAGACGGAGCAGAUGAAAAAAAUUGCAGUCCAGUAACUCGUGAUCCCUGCAUUUGUCCCUCUUGUAACUAUGCCAACAUCGUCGAUCGUUGCCGAUGCUGCGUUUUCCGGUGGGUCGGGAAACGAUCCGAUCAUCAUCCUUUUCCGGUUUCAUGA